AUGCCAGACCUGCGUCAUAGUAUAAAGGCCAAACAUUUUCUGCGAAUGAGCAUCAAAGCAAAUGACCUCAGCCCAAAAAUAGUAAAUGGAAGAGAAGCUCAACCUGGCGAGCUACCCUGGAUGGUAGCUUUGUAUUAUAAUAAUCAGUUCCGAUGCAGCGCCUUCUUGAUAUCUCCUCGACUAGUUAUGACAGCUGCUCACUGUGUGGAAUUUGAAAAUGGCAUCGAGCCCUCGUCUGCCUUCUACGGCAUUGCAGGGAACGUGGACCGCCUGGGAACGGAGACUCGGUUGGAGUUCUCCGAAGUGAUUCCGAAUCCCAACUUUCGCCAGGGUACGAACGAGUUCGACAUCGCCGUCAUGAGGAUAGCCGAGCCCCUGGAAUUCAACGACUACAUGAAGUCGUUAUGCCUGCCGAGAUCAGGAAGAGACUUUGAGUUUGACUACACAGAAGCCAUGGGAUGGGGACUAACGGCAACGUUUGGUGACGAGCCUUCGGAUGUUCUGCGUGCUGUGGAGUUGGCGGUUGAGCCGCGGCCGUUAUGUCAAGUGUUCUUUGCCCUUCUCAUGAUUACUAUUACUGAUCGGCACCUAUGCGCAACAUCUACAACCAGAAAAGGAGCUUGUUUUGGUGAUUCCGGUGGACCAUUGGUAUAUGAUGAUCCAAUGAGUGGAAGUCCAGUUGCUAUUGGUGUUGCUUCUUUCAUCACUCCGCUAGGCUGCGCUCGUCCUUUAGCACCAACCGUGUACUCAGCAACAGCAGUUUUUGCCGAUUGGGUAGCACAAGCUGUUGGAGAAGACGCCUCGGAAUUGUGUUUCGUGUGA